AUGGAUACUGACGAGACAGACAACGCAUUCACUUUUGUGGAGGUGCGCAAACCAGGGCAGCAGAAGACUCGAGAGAGCACUCGACACGUUCGCUCACAUGCAGCGAAGCGAGGUUUCCAGUGCAAAAGAUCCUUCCAGAGGAAUACUAGGACCAAUUAUGUUGUGUCUGUGGCGCCAAGUAUUGACCCGGCCAGGCAAGCUUCCCUGGCCGAUGGAAUGCGCGGUAUACCAUUGCGGUCGAUCGUCCCAUCUCUGUUCGCUAUGGACCUUGAAGACGUCGAGAACUUUGGCACUGAAGUCAGCAGGUUGGAUGAGUUGUUGAGUUGUUAUGCUGCGCGACAGGCGGCCGAACCGGUUUUCACAAUCGGUAGCUCCAUCGACUUCCAAACAUUCAAGUCCGUGUUUAGGGGCGGCUUGACGGAGGACCCUGCUCUUCUCAACUCGGCGAUGCUCGCUUUCACCUUCGCUGCCAAGUCUACCAGCACCGAUGAGGAGGUUAUGGAUUACAAGGGUCGCACCAUCACUUCGAUACGUGAACGAAUACAAUCGAUGGAUGGAGAUAUCACAGAGUCUACUCUCGGAGCAAUCUUACUACUAGUGGGAGUCGAGGCCCGGAUGGGGAAGACGUCUCAGGUGGAAAUGCAUAUGGAAGGGCUCAAGGAGAUACUAGAAUUUCGAAAGGGUUCAGAAAUUCCAUUGACAGAUGGUAUCAAGCGUGCCAUAUUCUGGUGA